UUUUUAUCUCUUCUCAUCUCCGAUAGAAAAGUGCAUUGUAAAUUGAAGUACGAGCCCCCAACUUUUCUAAAAGGACGCGGACAAUAAAUAUGUUACGAAUAUUAGUCGCAUUGGCGCUACUAACCGACCGUUUUACUCAAUACUUCUUUACUUGAUAAACAACAAAAAUUUUAACAAAAAACGUCUAACCGAAACGCUACUUCAAAUUCAAAAGCGGAGAUGCUCUGAAAAAAGUGUGUAUACCGUAUACAGUGUGUAUGCAUGGGUGUAUUCUUAAUAAAACUACGACAUGCUGACAAUAUUUGGCAAAAAGUCGUAUAAUCGUGCUCAAAAACCAUUCAAAUUGAUGAAAUACAAAUGAAGUCCACAUACUAAAAGUCGCUACUGGAAGUACCAGUCUGGGAAAAACAUCUUUGGAAUACGUUUGGAAAUACACAUAUAAAAUGGACAACCAUCAUUUUCUUGAUCGAAAUGGAGAAAUCACUAUGAAUAAGCAUUUAUCUCAAGUUUAUUCCAAAAGAAAUCGUCAGACUUCUAUUUUACUAAAUCAAAUUAUUAGAAUAGUGCUGUCUGCGGAUGCAAGAAGACUUAUUCCUGCACGAACCCACGAUAGGACUGUUUUAAGAAUGACAUUAUUAGGACUAGGUUGGCUGAUUUUAUCAAUAUUAAACUUCCAAUUAACACAGGCUGAUCAAGUUGUUCUUUUGGACACGACUAGAGAAGCAACUUUGGAAUGGACGAGAUAUCCCUAUGGUCCUCAAGCCCAGACGCCAGGGUGGGUUGAAGAAUCGUUUACGGACUUCGUAAAGGGCAUUAACUGGCGAAGCUAUGUGGUUUGCGAUGUCGCCUAUCACAAUGUCAACAACUGGCUUUGGUCGCCCUUUAUUGAUCGUGGACCAGCAAACAGGCUGUAUAUUGAAAUACAAUUCACCAUACGAGAUUGCUCAUUAUUUCCAGGAAAUGCUUUGUCAUGUAAGGAAACAUUCAGCUUACUUUUCUACGAGUUCGACGCGGCCACCAGAGAGCCUCCGCCUUGGCAAACCGAUAGCUACCGGCUGAUUGCCCGUAUUGCGGCCGGAGAGGGUCGAUUCAAUCAGAACUCUGAUGUCGACAUCAAUACGGAGGUCAAGAGCAUAGCUGUAAAUAAGAAGGGGGUUUAUUUUGCUUUUCGCGAUCAGGGUGCAUGCAUUAGUGUACUCGCAGUGAAAGUUUACUAUAUCACCUGUCCCGCUGUCACCGAGAAUUUUGCGCAUUUCAAUGAAACACCAACGGGAAGAGAAAUAACGAUAAUUGAAAAGCAGAAUGGAACUUGUGUGGAAAAUGCUGAACCCUAUGAGACGCCAACUUACCUUUGCAAAGGUGAUGGCAAAUGGACCAUACUCACUGGCGGUUGUCGCUGUAAAGUGGGCUUUGAACCGAAUGACUUAAAUAAAACUUGUACAGAAUGUCCACUUGGUAAAUUUAAAUCGUCGGAAGUGCAAAGAUGUACCCCAUGUCCGCCGAAUUCGAAGGCUCUUAAAACAGGGUCAGCGUAUUGUCAAUGUAUCCCAGGAUACUACCGGCAUCCGCGCGAUGGCCGACACAUGCCCUGUUACAGUCCACCGGCAGCUCCCACCAAUCUCACAUUGCUUUUUGUGGAUCAAACAAGUGCCAUAUUAGCCUGGAGUGCUCAUAACCCCAAUAUAAACGAAUCAUAUUUGGGAGAACCUACGAAGACCCAAAAGUAUCACAGUGGUAUAGUGUAUAAAGUGCGAUGUAGCAUGUGUGGCUCUAAUGUUAUGUACAAUCCGGCAACGGAUACAUUUAACGAAACGAAAAUCACGAUUACAAAUCUAGAACCAGUAACAACAUAUACUGUUCAGAUUCAUGCCACAAACAGCGUGACACUGGUCACUGAGCCAUUGCCGUCGCACUCCAACGAAUCGUCCAAUUUAUCGAAUGAUUUUGUUUUCAACAAUACUUCAACGACGCAGAACAUUCCUCCCCUGGAUUUGAAUGAAAUUAAAACGCAAUAUGCCGAAAUUGUAUUCACAACGGAAUCAGUAUUACUGUCAACAGUCUUCAAUUUGCGCGUCUUGUCCAUCACCAGCAAGGAUGCAGAUCUUGAGUGGGAUAAACCCACUCAAAUUGAACCCCUCGAGUUCUACGAAGUUCGUUGGUUUCCAAAACUUGAACUUGAUUUAAUUAAUAAAACGGCAUUGAAUACCAAGGACACAAAGGCUCACAUCGAAGGACUUAUGGAAAAUACGGAAUAUGGUUUUCAAGUUCGAUGUAAAACGUUAAAUGGUUUCGGUUCUUAUAGUAACAUGAUCUAUGCCCAAACUCUACAAGCCGUUAGUUCAGUCUAUGACGACUCAGUCCAAAUACGAUUCAUUGCCGGGGCCAUUGUCACUGGGGUACUAUUUCUGGUUAUAGUAAUUGUGGCAACAGUGUAUUUUAUGCGUUCAAAGCAUCAGGAUGAGCUUGAUAAGAAGUCUACGAAUCAUUUGCCUUUGCCGAUGGAUUAUGCCAGCAAUGAAGUUAAUUCUAUGGAUACUACUCCAAUUGUCAAAACCCUUCACUUAAACGUGACAACGCCCCUUUUUGGUAAUAGCCGAUGUUACAUAGAUCCGCACACAUAUGAAGACCCAAAUCAGGCAAUACGAGAAUUUGCCAGAGAAAUCGAUGCUAAUUACAUAACUAUUGAAGCUAUUAUAGGCGGCGGAGAAUUUGGAGAUGUUUGUCGAGGUCGCUUAAAAAUUCCUCCAAAUUUUGUUCAAGACAUUGAUGUAGCCAUAAAGACUUUGAAACCAGGAUCUUCAGAAAAAGCUCGCUGUGACUUCUUGACUGAGGCGUCCAUUAUGGGACAGUUCGAUCAUCCGAAUGUCAUUUACCUCCAAGGCGUGGUGACACGCUCCAAUCCCGUCAUGAUCAUCACCGAAUAUAUGGAAAAUGGGAGCCUGGACACCUUUUUGCGGGUCAAUGAUGGCAAAUUUCAAACAUUGCAACUGAUCGUAAUGCUGCGAGGCAUUGCAAGUGGGAUGGCCUAUCUGAGUGAUAUGAAUUAUGUGCACAGAGAUUUGGCGGCUCGGAAUGUACUCGUUAAUGCGCAAUUGAUAUGCAAAAUAGCUGAUUUUGGAUUGUCACGAGAGAUUGAGAAUGCCAGUGAUGCGUAUACAACAAGGGGUGGUAAAAUUCCAGUACGUUGGACAGCACCGGAAGCAAUUGCUUUUCGAAAGUUUACCUCUGCCUCCGAUGUCUGGUCAUAUGGAGUUGUUUUAUGGGAAGUAAUGUCUUACGGAGAACGUCCCUAUUGGAACUGGUCAAAUCAGGAUGUAAUAAAGAGCAUAGAGAAGGGCUAUCGACUGCCAGCUCCCAUGGAUUGCCCCGAAGCGCUUUAUCAAUUAAUGUUAGACUGUUGGCAAAAGCAACGAACGCAUCGUCCAACUUUUGCGAGCAUUGUUUCAACGUUGGACAACUUGGCCAGGCAGCCGCAAUCGCUGCUAACCACAAGGAACUCUCCCGAAUCGGAUAAUACUCACAUUUUGGAUUCACAGCAGCGUGGUCAAAAUGUUUUUAUUAGCACAGACCUGUGGUUGGAGCACAUCAAAAUGUCAAGAUAUUGCCAACAUUUCAAAGAGGCUAACUUAAAUAAUGCUCAACAGAUUUCCCGUCUAACUGCUCAACAGUUAUCGGACAUGGGCAUAACCCUCGUGGGACACCAGAAGAAGAUCUUACAUCAGGCUCGUCAGUUGGACACUGUCAUCUAAAAACCGUUAAAUGUAUUUCAAGUAGUACUUCUAAGCUGUAAAUAUAAAAUAAUAUAAUAUAUAAUUAUAUAUA